CUCACCUCAGCUCCGAUAGCAUCUCCAUUCUCCAGUUUUGCCUCUCCACGCAGCCCUCCGAUCUCCAUUCCAACCUUUCUCGCAUGCCCUGAGAAAUCAGAGAGGAAUCUCCAAGCAAAGCAAAAUUUCAGAGCACAAGAGAUGGAGAAGAUGGUGAACGGCAAUGGAGGAGGCAGCCGCCUGGUGGUGACCGAGCUGAGCCACAUCAAGGAGCUGGUGAAGCAGCUCGAGGUGCACCUGGGAGGCUCUCCCGACCUGUGCAAGGACCUGGCCGCGCAGAUCUUCACCGUCACCGAGAAGUCCAUCAGCAUGAUCAGGUCUGGGAACUUCGACUUCGACGGCCGGAAGAGCUCCGCCAACGGCGCCGGCCUCCACUCGCCGCCGCUCUCGGCCACGCCUAGCCCCCUCAGCGGCGUCUCCGACAUGCCUUUCAAGACGAACAAGAAGAGGAAGACGGACAAAGGGAGGCGUCAGGUUCGAGUGAGCUCGGCGGGCGAAGGAGCGGAUGCCCCAGAGGACGACGGCUUCAGCUGGAGGAAGUACGGACAGAAGGACAUCCUUGGAGCCCACCAUCCAAGGGCAUACUACCGUUGCACGCACCAAAAAACCCAGGGAUGCACGGCGACGAAGCAGGUGCAGCGCGUCGACGAGGAUCCGACGCUCUACGACGUGAUCUACAACGGCGAUCACACCUGCGUUCACAAGGCCACGGCGGCGGCGACGGCCAAGGCGCAGCCGGAGGACAAGAGUAGCCUUCUGCAGAGCCUGAGCUCCAGCCUGAAGGUGGAGACCGAGGGGCUCACGCCGAGGGCUCAGCAGGGCUGGGGCGCCACCACGCCCUUCAGUUUCUCCUCGCCGGCGGUGAGCGGCCUGACGCCGUCGACGCCGGAAAACAGCUUCUGGCAGGGCGUGUCAGCGCCCACGUCCCUCGAACCCUCGCCGGCGACCUCGGGCUCGAACUAUCUCUCCAUGAGGGCGCAGUGUGAGCUUGACACGAUGGUGUCCGCGCUCACGACAGCCACGAGCAUGCCGCCGCCCGCCAUGCCCACCCUGGAGGAUACAACCUUCUCGCUGGACGGAAUCGAUGCCGAUUUCGACAUUUCCGAUGUCGAUUUCGACAUUUCUUGCUUUUUCGCAACUGAUUGUUGAGAAGAGGAGAGAACGAAAAAGGAAAACGAAUUUUUUUUAGUAGAGAUUAGAGACGCAGCUUCAGGUGACCACCCUCUGAACUCUGGCGUUUGUCCAGAGGCAGAGGAGGGAAGAACACUAGAGUUCUUCCUCUGUGCAGGUGUAAGAUUUAGGAGAUAAAAUUAGUGCCUCCUCCUUCGUCCUGUUUUUUUUUAUUUUUUUUCUCUUAUCUUUUUGCCACCAGGGUGUUGCAUUGUAUUAUUGAAUUUGUUGUCAAGAAAAAUAAGAUCCUGUGAUCCAUGUUUACAGCCCA